CACGCGGAGGAGAAAAAGUAAAGAAUGAAGAAGAAGAUUGUUGCAAGACUCCGACACGUCUUGAUCAAAUUCUCCCGGCGAUCCCACGAACCUGUCCGCCGGCGCCGAGGAAGCCUAAGGGAGUCCCGUCGAGAAGUUUGAAGGUUAGAAAUUAUUGGAGAUAAUUACUAUAUGUUAGUGUUUUAGAUAAGUGUUAUCUUUAGGCUUUCCUAUUCCUAUUAGUUUUGGGUUUAUCUCUUUUGUGAGUAUAUAUACUCAUCGUUUAACAUCAAUAAGAACAAGAACUUUAUUCCUGAAUUACAAUUUGUCAUGGUAUCAGAGCCUAAACAAAUUUUUACCUAAAAUUUUCUUAUUCAUUCUUCUAUUUGUUGUUCCAUAUCGAAGAACAAAUCUAUUCCUUCCAAAAACUCUCUGUUUUCAUAUCAGAACAGAGACUAUUCAUAAACAUCUUCAUCAGACACAAUGUCGAUUACUCCAGCUACCGAAAUCAAAUACAAGAGGAUCUCACCUUAUGAUCUUUCAUCCAACGACAAUCCAGGAGCAGUAAUUUCACAGCCACUUCUUACUGGAUUGAACUACGAUGAAUGGGCCAUUAACUUUCGUAUGGCGUUGAGCUCUCGAAAGAAGUUUGGUUUCCUUGACGGCAGUCUACCAAAACCGGCAGCCGAUUCACCUUACCUUGAAGAUUGGAUAGCAAACAAUCACCUCAUAGUUGGGUGGAUAAAACAAACCAUUGAGUCAAAAAUUCGAUCAUCCAUCUCAACCCGUGAGAUCGCAAAGGACCUCUGGGAUAUAAUAAAGAAACGGUUCUCCAUCAAGAGUGGAGCACGCUUACAACAACUACGAACAGCUUUAGCUAACUGCAAACAGGAUGGCUCUAGCAUUGAUGAAUACUUUGGGCGGUUAACAAAACUGUGGGAUGGUAUCGCAGAAUGCAUGAACUCCAAACAAUGUAGCUGUGGCAAGUGUGAGUGUGAUCUGAAUUCGGCAAGAGAGAAAGAAACAGAGACGUUGCGAGUCCAUGAUUUCCUGGCUGGAUUAGAUGAUGCAACACACGGUGUCAUACGUGCUCAGAUAUGUGCGAUAUCUCCACUUCCUGAUCUUGAUACAGUCUACCAAACAAUCUCUCAGAAUGAGAUUAUUCAGUCAAAAGCAACACCUGAGACUCCUGUCAUGAGUUUUGCGUCACAAGCUCGUUCUUCCAACUCCUCACGACCUAAUACAGUAUUCACCAAAGAUAUCUCUCGUCCUGGUAACAAAGAUCCAUCUCGACAUUGUACAGUUUGCGGACGUACUGGUCAUGAGGCAGCAGGGUGUUUUACGGUGAUUGGAUAUCCAGAUUGGUGGGAAGGACGCAAGAACACAACUCCAGUUCGGAACUCUUCUCCUAAACCAACCACUUCAAAUAAUCAACAACGCAACAAUCAACCAAGAGCUAAUACCGCAACAGUAGUCAAAACAAACCCGUCUACACUUCAAGCUAAUGUCACUAUUACAGAUGCUGAUCGCCAAGGUCUAAGUGGUAUCACAGACGACCAAUGGAGCAUCGUGCAGAAAUUAAUUAACAACGGCAAGACCAAUGAUCAUCUCGAGGGACCGUACCUCGAGGAUGCUGAUUGGAGCGGGUGAAAGAGAGGGAGAGGGAUUGUACCGGUUUCGCGGGAUUGAGUCAUUGGCGUCGGCACAUACAAGGGUUCUGGAAGAGUCAAUGUUAUGGCAUCGUCGUCUUGGACAUCCAUCCUCUCGUAUCACCGGAAUGAUCUCAGAUAUCUCAUCUUCUGCGGCUGAUAAUCAUAUUAGAUCUUGUGAUAUUUGUUUUCGGGCUAAACAAACCCGUCUCAGUUUUACAGACAGUUUUCAUAAUGCAAAUGAGAUUUUUGAUUUAAUACACUGUGAUCUCUGGGGUCCCUAUCGAGCAACGGCAUUGUGUGGUUCUCGGUAUUUUUUAACGAUCAUAGACGAUCAUUCCCGAGCUGUGUGGCUCUAUCUUCUUCCAGAUAAAACAAUGGUGUCACAACAAAUCAAAGACUUCUUCACAUUGAUAGAGCGCCAGUUUUCAAAGAAAAUCAAAACAAUACGAAGUGACAACGGCACGGAGUUUAUGUGCCUUACACGUUACUUCAAAGAGAAUGGGAUUCUUCAUGAAACUUCAUGUGUGCACACACCUCAACAGAAUGGACGGGCAGAGCGUAAACACCGCCAUAUUCUCAACAUUGCUCGAGCAUUGCGUUUUCAAGCCAACUUACCAAUAGAGUUUUGGGGAGAAUGCGUUCUAGCUGCAGGGCAUCUAAUCAAUCGAACUCCUUCAUCCAUCCUUCAAAAUAAAACUCCCUAUGAGAAGCUCCAUGGCCAGCCUCCGGAUAUAUCUCACCUACGGAUCUUAGGUUGUUUAGCAUAUGCUCACAACAAGAACACCAAAGGAGAUAAGUUUGCUUCAAGGAGCAGAAGGUGUAUGUUUUUAGGCUACCCCUCGGGAACCAAGGGCUGGAAACUUUUUGAUCUUGAUGAAGAAACGGUUUUCAUCUCACGUGAUGUGGAGUUUCAAGAAGAAGUCUUUCCUUAUCACGACAAAUCACCUAUCAUCACUGCGCCAUCUUCCACCUUACCCGUAAUAUCACCAAUCUGUGACUCAGAAACAGAGGACUCUGCUCCGAUAACAGAGCAAACUACUGUCGCAACAGAGCUUCUUCUGUCUACAUCGGUACCAUCUGAUUCUACUACUACUAACGACCAAACUGACAUUGAACCUCUGGGUCGUGGACAACGAACUCGUCAGCCUUCUACUCGAUUUCGUGACUAUGUUAUCAACACGGUUACAACAAUCCCUGUCUCCACUCUCUCUCUUCCUUCAUCUGUUCCUCAGCCAUUCUCAGGUACGGACUAUCCCCUGUCUGAUUAUUUAACAUAUGAUCGUUUGUCUUCAUCGCAUCGCAGCUUUCUCUUGGCAUUGACAAUUAAUAUUGAGCCAAAGCACUUUCGACAAGCUAUGGAACACGAAGUCUGGCGAAACUCAAUGAAGUCUGAGAUGGAUGCUCUUGAGAGAAACCAUACAUGGGAUCUCGAAGAACUACCUAACGGAAAGAAUGCGCUUGGUACUCAGUGGAUCUACACAAUAAAGUUGCGCGCAGACGGGACUAUAGAACGACAUAAAUCUCGGCUGGUCGUGUUAGGAAAUAAUCAGAAAGAGGGUCUCGAUUAUACUGAGACAUUCUCACCUGUGGCUAAGAUGACGACAGUUCGUUUAUUUCUUGAUAUUGCAGCAAAGAAAAAUUAUGAACUUCAUCAGAUGGAUGUUCAUAAUGCUUUUCUUCAUGGAGAUCUCCUAGAAGAAGUGUAUAUCAAGAUACCUCUCGGGUUUGCUCGCCCAAACGACACUCGUGUCUGUCGCUUACGAAAAUCAUUGUAUGGCCUUAAACAGGCUCCACGUUGCUGGUUCGCAAAACUGGUUGAUGCUCUACUCAGCUAUGGAUUUACACAGACACAUUCCGAUCAUUCCUUAUUUGUCUAUGUCCGAUCCAGAGUUACGCUUCGGAUACUCGUCUACGUUGACGAUCUAAUCAUCUCCGGAAAUUCACCACCAGCAAUCAAAACUUUCAAGACAUAUCUAUCCACUUGUUUCCAUAUGAAAGAUCUUGGAGCUCUUAAAUAUUUUCUUGGCUUAGAAGUUGCCCGAAGCCCUCAAGGAAUAUACUUGUCUCAGCGGAAAUACACACUCGACAUAAUAACAGAGUGUGGAUUGCUUGGUUGCAAACCAGCUGGCUCACCGAUGGAUCAAAACCAUAAGCUUGCAAAGGCUACUGGUUUGGUACUUGCAGAUCCUGAGAAAUAUCGCCGUCUUACAGGUCGUCUUAUCUAUCUUCUUGCCACCAGACCUGACCUUGCUUACUCUGUACACAUUCUUUCCCAGUUUAUGCAAACACCACAAGAGGAUCAUUGGCUUGCAGCGUUGAAAGUGGUUCGUUACUUAAAAGGCACAGUGGGUCAAGGAAUUCUCUUCAGUGCUACUUCUUCACUUUCUUUGACAGGAUGGUGUGAUGCAGAUUGGGGUGGUUGUCUUACAACGAGACGAUCUCUUUCUGGCUGGAUAAUACAACUUGGCACUUCACCAAUUACUUGGAAAACAAAGAAACAAGAUGGUGUAUCUCUUUCUUCCACUGAAGCAGAAUUUCGGUCAUUAAGGUCUAUUACCAAGGAAAUCAUUUGGCUUAAGGAACUUCUUCGGGAACUUGGUAUUAAUCAUGAGGAUGCUGUCACGGUCUGUUGUGAUAACAAGUCAGCUAUUCAUCUUAGUGCCAAUCCCGUUCUGCAUGAACAAACGAAACAUAUGGGUAUUAUAUGCCAAUUUGUUCGCGAUGAAAUCACAAAGGGAGUUAUCAAGAUGGUGUACGUUCCGACUUCAGAGCAAUUUGCAGACAUUUUAACGAAGGCAUUGGGGCGUAAAGAAUUCGAUGCAUUUCUACUCAAGUUAGGCAUUAACAAUAUCCAUGCUCCAACUUGAGGGGGGGUAUUGGAGAUAAUUACUAUAUGUUAGUGUUUUAGAUAAGUGUUAUCUUUAGGCUUUCCUAUUCCUAUUAGUUUUGGGUUUAUCUCUUUUGUGAGUAUAUAUACUCAUCGUUUAACAUCAAUAAGAACAAGAACUUUAUUCCUGAA